CCAAAGCAUCCUGACAAAAAACGGCAGCGACCUGUGAGCGUGUGAGAAAAUCAUCUCCUGGUGCAGGUAGAAAAAAGGCAGGCAGCACGGGCGCAUCUCUGGCGAUUGUUUGUUUGGCUCGCGCUCCGAAACAGAGAUGGGGACGCGCGUGCAGGGCGCCGUCCACUCUGACAAAACGUUAUCAGGAGUGUCCGGUCUGCUAGAGGACCUGCGGCGGCUGCUCGAAGACAAGGAUUCUGCGGACAUCGUCUUCCUGCUUGGCAGAGACGAGAGCCCCGUUUACGCGCACAGACUGCUCUUGGCCGCCAGAUGUACUGCCUUCCAAGGAAUAAAAAGGGGCGAAAUAUGUCGAAUUCCUGGAGCAACGGUGGCCGCGGGCACUGGUGGAGCACCGGCAACGGUCCGCCUGCCUCAUUACUCGGAAUCAAACUUCAAGAUUUUCCUCGUCUACGUCUAUACCGGAAAACUGGUGCUGCAGGACAGUGGCGUCUUCGAGAUGAUGGGUCUGGCGCACGAGCUCGGCCUCGAGGAGCUCAGGGUGAGCUGUGAGGAGCACGUGACCUCCACCCUGGCUGUGGUCAAUGCGUGCACCUUCCUUGCCGCCGCCUUCGAAAUGUACGAACGCUCAGCGCCCCACGGCGGUAGAAGCGCUAAGACCUUUUUGGACAAAUGCAUCUCAUUCAUUGCUGAGAACGCUUUAGACUGUUUCAAGACAAAUAGCUUCCUCUCACUGAGCAAAGACGCCCUCGUCAAGGUCAUAUCUUCAGAUUAUUUGGCAGUUGAGGAGGAAGAGGUUUUCCGCGCAGCUCUAGCGUGGGCCAAACACAAAGCCGGCGUGACACAACCGACGGCGCACUGGGCCGAAGAGGAAAAAGCCCGCGUGUGCCAACACCUCUCCGGAGUAAUCAGCCACGUCAGACUGUUGUUAAUUGACAGCCAAGUAUUUGCCGAGGAGGUGGAGCCGACGGGUGCCGUGCCGAUUGAGCUGUCCCUCGAGCGAUACAGGCUUGCCGCCCUGCCCAAGAAAUACUCGGAGCAGUCAGACGACAAACGCUGCCAGCCCCGCAUGUCAUGCACCCUGUUCCCUGGCUCGCAGAUCCUAAACCUUGCCAGCCCGAAUUCAUUUGGAGAUGACAAAUCAAGCUACCAACGAAUUCUCAACGAGUGGUACGGAAAUCCAAAGCAGCAGUGGCGCCUUGUUUUUAGGGCAUCUGCGCACAACUACUCGGCGCAGGCCUUCCACCGGUUGUGCGAUGGAAUUUCGCCGACCUACACCAUUGUUGCCAGCAAGCAAGGCCACAUAUGUGGCGGCUUCAGUAACGUGCCAUGGGAGAAACCACAAACCAUAAGUUAUUACACGUAUUCGGACAAAGCGUUUCUCUUCACUCUGGCCAACAAGCAAGACAUCCCUCCCUCAAAGUUUCCAGUCGUCAAACGGAUGUUUGCAGUGGUGUAUGUGCCAACUUGCGGACCUGUUUUUGGAGCAGGAGCUGACCUGUCCAUUAGCAACAAUUGCAACCAGAACAGUGAAAGUUACUCGAAUUUGCCGCAUUCAUUUGACGGAGAAGGCGCGAGCUUGAACGUCUUGAUGGGAGGCUACAAUUUCAAGGUGCACGACUACGAAGUCUUUACGCCAACUGGACCGUGAAAUUAAGGAUUUUGUACAAACGGAUUUACUAUUGGAACGCGAAAUAAUAUAUGCAAUUGCACAACAA